AUGCAAAAUCUUGACGACAAUAAUGAAAGUGAUUGGAUUGAAGAAGCAAUCACAAAAGAAUAUCUUAGAUAUUACGAAUAUAAAAAUUUUAGUGAAGUGAAAAAAAUUGGUGGCGGAGGAUUCGGAAAAGUAUAUCGUGCAAGAUGGAAAAAUACUGAACAAUAUUUUGCAUUAAAAUCUUUCAAAAAUUCAAAUUCAGAAGAUCCAAAACAAAACGAAAUCACCAUAAAGGAAAUUGUUAGUGAGCUUAAAGCUCAACGAGAUGUAGAUUUUCAUAAUAAUAUUAUAAAAUUUCAUGGUAUAACCGUAUCCGAAAAAGAAAAUAAAACGAAAAAAUAUUUAUUGGUAUUGCAGUUUGCUAAUGGCGGAUCUCUUCGAAAUUAUUUGAAAGAAAACUUUGAUAUGCUUUCCUGGAGGGAUAAAAUUAACUUGGCGUAUCAAUUGGCUGGUGCUGUGUCUUGCUUACAUGAUGAAGGAAUUAUUCAUCGUGAUUUGCACUCCGGCAAUGUAUUAAUCCACCAAAAUUCCGUUAAAUUAUCUGACUUCGGCCUAUCGAAAAGAAUUGAAUCACUUAAUACAAAAUCUAAUUUAUUCGGUAUAUAUUCUUACAUUGAUCCAAAGAAAUUCAGUAUAGAAUCACCAUAUAUUUUAGAUGAAAAGAGCGAUGUUUAUAGUAUUGGAGUGUUAUUAUGGGAGAUAUCAAGUGGUCAUCCACCAUUUGAAGAUAUAGAACAAUAUGCAUUGAUGUUAAAAGUCUUACAAGGCAUUAGAGAAAAACCCAUUCCGGAUACACCCACUGAAUAUGUUGAUCUUUAUACUGAGUGUUGGGAUGGAGAACCAGAUAAACGUCCAGUUAUGAGUGAAGUAGUUAUUAGAUUAAAAAAUUUUAUGGAUGACAUGAAUAGUGAAGAUUCUCAGCAACAACUAAAUCAAUAUUGUCAAGCUUUGAUGUACAAAAAUGGAAUACGUUUUAAUAAAGAUCAUAAAAAAGCUUUUGAAUUAUCUAAAGAAUCGGCUGAUGGAGAAUAUUCGGAUGGAAUGAAUAUGGUAGGAGAAUGUUAUUAUGAAGGAAUUGGAAUUGAAGAGGAUAAACAAAUGGCUUUGGAAAUGUUUAAAAGAUCUGCAAAUUUCGGGAAUAGCGCAGCUAAAUAUAAUCUUGCUCGCAUGUAUAAAAAUGGAGAAAUUGUUGAGAAAGAUGAUAAAAAAGCGAUCGAAUUAUUUAAAAGUUCAGCUCAAAUGAGAUUUUCGGAUUUAAAGAAUAUUAUUGAACAACAUAGCGAUUUAGUUGAUGAAAAUGCAAAACAAAAAGUGACAGAUUUAGGGAAUAAAAUCAAUUGCAUUGAACUUGGCUUAAAUUUUGAUGCUGGUAAUUAUGAAAAAAUCUAA